AGAGAGAAAAAGAGGAAAGUCGCACCGGAGGGCGAGGGGAGACCGGAAUUACUGAUCUCUGUAAGCAGGAAGCUUAUAAGGGGGGAAAAAAAUAAUAAUAUAUAUAUUUUUUUUUAAAAAAAGAAAAGAUGCGAAAGUGCUAACAGUUUGACCCGGUUUGUUGGUUUAAAUUUUCCAAUGUGCCGAGAAGAUGGAGCAAAGCGAAAUCCUGAGGAAAUUCAUUGAUCGAGUGCUGGCGAUGAAAGUCCGCGACCAGAAUGGGGAGGACAACUUUGCCAGCGACUUCAUGCGACUCAGAAGACUGUCAACUAAAUAUAGAACUGAAAAGAUCUACCCAACAAACAUUGGAGAAAAGGAAGAAAAUGUUAAAAAGAACAGAUAUAAAGACAUCUUGCCAUUUGACCAUAGCAGGGUGAAACUUGCAUUGAAAACUUCAGAACAAGAUUCAGAUUAUAUCAAUGCAAAUUUUAUUAAGGGAGUUUAUGGGCCCAAAUCCUACAUUGCUACCCAGGGUCCACUUGCAAAUUCUGUACUAGACUUUUGGAGGAUGAUCUGGGAAUAUAAAGUUGUAAUAAUUGUCAUGGCUUGCCGCGAGUUUGAAAUGGGGAGGAAAAAAUGUGAGCGUUACUGGCCGUCACAUGGGGAUGCAGUUCUGCGUCUUGGAGAAUUUCAGAUUACUUGUGAGGCAGAACAAGCAAGAACUGACUAUUUUAUAAGGACUCUAUUAGUGGAAUUCCAGAAUGAAUCUCGUAGAAUCUAUCAGUUCCAUUACAUCAACUGGCCUGAUCAUGAUGUUCCAUCUUCAUUUGAUUCUAUUUUGGAUAUGAUAAGUCUGAUGCGAGAAUAUCAAGAGCAUGAGGAUGUUCCCAUUUGUAUCCACUGCAGUGCUGGAUGUGGAAGAACUGGAGCCAUAUGUGCAAUUGAUUAUACCUGGAAUUUGCUAAAAGCUGGGAAAAUUCCUGAAGAAUUCAGUGUGUUUAGUUUGAUUCAAGAAAUGAGAACACAAAGGCACUCUGCAGUUCAAACAAAGGAGCAAUAUGAGCUUGUUCACCGUGCAAUAGCUCAGAUAUUUGAAAAGGAACUACAAAGGAACCAACGCACUGAAAGUCUUUCUGACACAGAUGACAUUAGUUCUGAAAAUACAACCAUUUCUUCUCUUCCUGACAAAUCUGAUUCGCCACCACCAAAGCCACCACGAGUACGAAGCUGCCUGGUAGAAGGAGACGCUAAAGAAGAAAUCUUGCAGCCUCCGGAGCCCCAACCAGUACCACCUAUUCUCACUCCUUCUCCUCCAUCUGCAUACCCGGCUGUUACUACUGUGUGGCAAGAUAAUGACCGAUAUCAUCCCAAGCCAGUAGUGCAUUCAUUUACAACACCACCUCCCACAGAUCUCAAUGAAAACUACAACAAACCUGUGGAUACGUACAAACAGAUUGAAAAUUGUGCUGCGCACGCUGAAGCUAUUGAAAAAAAGUUGGAAAGAAAACUAAGUAUUGAAAUAAAGAAGAUACCACUCCAAGAAGGACUCAAAAGUUUUGAAGUGUCCCCACCUGGAGGAAAUGGCUCUUUUAACAGAGUGCCAUCAAGUAAACUGAAGUCCACUUCAGCAAUUGAGAUUGAGCAAACAAGUAAAUCUGUGGAAUUAAGCUGUGGACAGAUGUCUGUCAAUUCAGAGGUCGAUAUUCAGCACACGGAUGCUACUCAGGAAUGGAGGAGUUCUGAUGUUGUCUUGAGACCAGUACAAUUGCCACUUAAAGAAAGAGCUCAUGCCUUGUGGAACAAGGCAAGCCAUGAAUGUUUACCAACUACGUUUAGCAAGUCUUCCACUGGUGAUAAAUUGUACAAUGCUCAAUGCCAUUCUUCUAAAGCACCUGCUGUACCAGCAGAACCAUCAUCGAAAGAGAUCCCUGUAGUUCAGCAUUUGGCUGUGGACACCAUUGACCACUCUGUAAAUGUGGCACCCCUCAGUUUUACUAAUCCUCUCCACUCUGACUCUGAGCCGGAGGAGAUGGAUGUUGAGAAAGCCGUACCUAAAAAUGUUACCAGUAUUUUAACAAGUGCCAUUGUUACUGCCACCAUACAAAAUGAAACCCCUUCAACAAGAAAAAUAUCACCUAUGUCUAUUGCCCGAGAGCAUCCACCCAACAAGUUAAAUUUAGGAGUCCAGAAAUGUUCUGGAAUCAAAGAAGACAGUCCACCUCCUUUGCCAGAAAGAACUCCUGAAUCUUUUGUUGUGGCUAAUGAAUCCGGCUCUCCUGUUAGGCCUGAUCAUAUUGGGAAGUCUGCCGAAUGGAGUGGUUUUCCACAAUCACAGACUGUUGAGCAAGUAAAGAUGGUGAGGAGUAAGAGCCUGAAAAAUCCUCGAAGUUCAAGAAUGAAUACUCUUGAAACACGGGAUAGUGGGAGACCAUUGGGUGAUUCAGGAUUAGUAACUACUGCUACAAGGGGUGAGGUAGGCCAAACCUCAGAAACAAACACAAAACGAAGAGAGCGUGGUUCAGAUUUAGACAGUGGUUUCCUUUCGAAAAUGAGCAUGCUGAGAACUGUCCUUGUAUCCUGUCUCCAAAAAUCAGGAUUCAAUAAUCGUUAUACAAAACCAAGAGGGCCAAGAGAUCCUCCUCCUGAGUGGACAUGAUGAAGCAGAAAUUCAAAUGGACCAUAAUACUGGAGUGUCUCCCUUCAAGUGCCACGAAAGGACUGAAAAGUAGAAAAAUUAUUCACACUCACUAAAAACAAUCUUUCUUUACUAACAAAAAGCAAGAGCAAUUUAGAUGUCUUCUCAGUUACAAAAUGGUACACACUUUACAUCUAUUGUAACUUGCUAAAAAAAAACCUUCCAAGGGUGUGGAUUCCGGUGCUAAAUAUCUCUUUGCUGGGACCAUUUUUACCUGCCUUAUUUCACACUUAAGUAUUAAGACUUUAAAAAAACAGUAAAGUAUUACAGGCCUUAAUUUUUUCGGGGAAUUUGUUACACUGCUUGUAGGAUUGUAUAGUAAUAUAGUAAGUAUAAAUAGUGAGUCUGUGGACAAUUAUUCUUUGCUAACCUCCAGAAACUAUUAUGUGCAUUACUCUUUUAUAUAUGUACAGGGCAGGUAGGUAUAUAAUUGACAAUGUUGCAGGUAUUAAAUAUUCUUAACAGAAGAUGUAAGAAAUCUGUGCAUGAUCUAAACCUCCUUGUGUACCAUUUUUUGUAAAUUAUUUGCCCUGAAAUUAUAGAAGAAUAUUCUUUCAGGCGUUCUUAACUACUGGAAAUGAGCAGGAUAUUGCAGUUUAACAGGGGUUGAGAUUGUAAUAAUACAUUUGUAAAUUGUAAGCAAAAGGAUAUUUUUAUAUUAUAUGCUGUUAAUAACCAAUCCCACUUUGAUCUGUUGUUCAUUUGGCCUUGAAUUUAGUAAGUGCCUUCGAACAGUAUGCAAUCCUGUUAACAUCAUGUGAGCAUCUUGUUUGUGCUUUUGUGCAUCUGGGAUAAGAGGACUAUCAGUCACACAAACCUGUAUUUUACAAUAUAUUGACCUGUAAGUAAAGAUCUUAAAACAAAUUAGCUUGUUUUAUUGUUUUUUUUUGAUUAAAAUGGACAAAUGCUUUGUCGUAUUUGUGUAAUAGAAUUUUCAGUACUUGUCAUUUAAUAUGAAAUAGCUUACUAACUAAUGAGCCCCUGAAAGAAACAAAAUAAUGUUUUUGUACAUUUUACUUUUUUGUCAAGUAAAUAAAUAAAGGUUCAAAAAUAAA